AUGUGUUCUGAGUUCCUCUGGAAUCAAAAAAUCCCCUUAGUCUCCUGGAAAUCAAUUUGCAAAGAUAAAAAAUAUGGAGGUCUGGGCGUUUUCUCAGCUAAGACAUGGAAUUGUGCUGCUGCAUUGAAGCUCUUGUGGAUAAUUCACCUCAAAAAGGAUUCUCUUUGGAUUAAAUGGGUGCAUGGUAAUUACUUGCAGCAGUCUGAUAUUUGGCAAGUUCAUGUGAAGUUGAAUGAUUCUUGGAUGUGGAAACAACUUCUAAAGGUCAGAGAUAAAUUGAUUAGAAGAUUUGGAAGUGUUAACAGCUUGCAAAACAUCUUAUCUAAAUGCUGUAUUGGUGAGAAAAUAAGCAUAUCAGGAGUUUACAGAAUUCUUCUUCAACCUGAUCAAGUUGCUGCCUGGUACAACACAGUUUGGGACAACAUUAGUUAUCCAAAACAUUCUUUUGUUACCUGGCUAGCCAUUCAAUCAAGACUGCUCACUCAGGACAGGUUAUGUGGUAUGGGGAUCCUUGCUGCUAAUCAAUGUGUUAUGUGCACAAACUUCCCAGAAUCUUGUGGCCACCUAUUCUUUGAUUGUCAAUUUUCAGCUCUUGUAUGGAAUAUGGUGAUGGACUGGCUUAAAUUCUCUUGGAGAUCCUGUUCAUGGGGAUACAUCAUCAAUUGGUAUAAUUCCAGGUUGAAAAGGAAAGGAUUUAUGGAAAAGCUAAAGAGAAUGGCGCUUACAGCCUCUAUAUAUUGGAUUUGGCAAGAGAGGAAUUUUAGAAUAUUUCAAAGCAAAGCUCGGCAACCUGAGAAGAUUUUCCGAGCUAUAAGGAUAUCCAUCUUCUCCAAAAUUAUGAAUGAUAAUUUUCCUAUUCACAUAAAAGAGAGAAUUCAGGCAUUGUAA